AUGAUUGAAAUCAAAAUACUCAAAAACAUAUUCAUAUUUGUACUAUUCAUCAAUAUAUUCUACUUUAUCAAAGUGUACAGACAAGAAGAAGAUAGGAUACGACUAUUGGCAAUCAAACAUGCUACAUCGAUAGACUACACCACAGACGACCAGAUUGAGUUUGAUCGACUGAAGGAAUACCACUUGCUCGACACCAAACAAAAAAUUGCAUACUUGUUGGAUAAAGUUCGAGAAAACCAGGACCACCAUUACUGGCUAGCCGAUGUCUCAGUGGAGCAGCCAUCAGUCGAGAUAAACCCCAGGGAUUAUCUACCACCCACUGAACACCAUACCAAUACAUGGCAGAACAAAUCUGAACUUUUUUACGAGCCAAGAUUUACAUUGGCUCUUUACCUAGAUGAACUAAAACAUCAGCUACAAACAUAUAACCCACAGAAUGAAAAACAAAACGAUCACUUGAUUAGAAUGCCAUUUGCUUGGUCGGAUUGGGUAGAUUUGACAAUGCUCAAUGAAGAGAUUUUAAAACCAAUCGACGAGAGAAGGGAUUGUAAAUCAUUACAACAGAAAGCCAAUAAGAAGACAAAGUACCCACGUUGGUGUAAGAACUUGGUGGACUUGGAUGACGAAAAAGUGGAAGAAAUUGGGUUAGCAAGAGACGAUAUGCCAGGAUUCAUUGUUAUGGACUCACCAAUGAAUAAAGCACACCACAAGGAAGUUAUGUUGCAAGGUAAAGGCUAUCUUUUGACAACGCAAGAAAACCCAAUCUCAAUGAUUUUCCUUACAAAAGACGGCACAUACGAAACACAAUUAACCGGAACAAGAGAACGUAUAGUACGCACAGAUUUAUUUGCAAAGUAUUUAGCAAGAAGAAACAUUGACCCAACAAAGGAAAAUUUGGACAACAUUGUGCUCAACCCACAAAUGGAGUUUAAUGCACUUUUGAAUACCGUGCCAGCUAGACCAUUGAAUAUCGAUGAUGAUAUUCACAAAAUGAGACAAACCACUAGACAGACGGAAUUUAAUGUCUCUCGUGAAUUACAUUUGGACAAGGAUGCAUUUCAUUACAGACAGGAUGCCAUCGACGAACAGAUUAGUGAUUACGAAAUUAGACUUAAUAAAAUCGAGGAAUCCAUGACCAAUGAGUUGAGAUACGACCCUAAAGUAAUCGAGGAAAAUAGACUAAACAGACACGAGAUUAACCAUUAUAAUGGGUUGAAAACUGCAAACAAGUAUCCGGUUGCAAAAGAGCCUACAUAUUAUAAGUUGGCAACAUUGAAAAAAGACAAGACCAACAAAGAUGCUGGUUGGCACUAUGAAUGGCGGUUUUUCAAUGGGGCUUUACGCUACAUUAAAGAUGAAACAUGGACCACCGAACAAUUGGAAGUUCGAGAACAAAUCAUCUUGGACAGGUUAUUGCGUAAUUGGUUUCGAUUUGCAGAAGAGAAGGGUAUUAUUUCCUGGAUUGCUCAUGGCCCUUUACUUUCAUGGUACUGGGAUGGCCUCAUGUUCCCAUUUGAUAUCGAUAUCGACAUUCAGAUGCCGAGCUCCGAGUUGAAUAGAUUGUCUGCAAACUAUAACAUGACAUUGGUGAUUGAAGAUAUUAAUGAAGGGUUCGGCAAAUACCUCAUUGAUUGUGCCACAUUUCUUCAUCAUAGAGACUUGGCGGCCAAGGACAACCACAUUGAUGCGCGAUUUAUUGACGUUGAUACAGGUACAUAUAUCGACAUUACCGGUAUUGGUAUAAACAAUGAGAAACCCCCACCGGAAUACUCGGGCUAUAUUCGCUCGAAGCAGCGCAAAGGUGAAUCAGUCGAGCUCUACAUGGAUAGAAGGAAGCAUUGGCUAAAUUUUGAGAAAAUUAGCCCAUUGCACUAUUCAAUGAUUGGUGGUGUACCAGUUUAUGUACCAAACGAUGUUAUGUCUAUGCUAAAUAAUGAAUAUUCUGGUGGUACAAAGUCCUUGUAUUUUGAUGGUUACUAUUAUGUUCCCUGCUUGCGCCUUUGGUUGCAAGCAAACAAAGUGAAAUCAAUCUUUAAGCCAGAACAGUAUGAGUCCAAGACCAAGGAAGGGGAACGUGAAAAAUUGAUAUCAUUAAUCAAAAAUCUUGAUGAUGAAGGGAAAUUGCGACUUUUGGAGUUGAACGAGGAUGUGUUGAUUGAAUAUUAUCUUACGCAUAAGAUUACGUCAUUGCACGAAGUGGAAAAGAAGUUUAUGCUUGAUCACUCUUUGCAGCAACUGAUGUUUGACUUGCUGGAAAAAGUGGCGUACCAUGAGUUGACAUCGAGGUUCAAAAUGGGCUCACCAUUGAGGAAAAGUUUGUACGAUUUUGAGUACUUUGAUAGACACAAACAUAUGAGCAGGCCGAUGCCAGUGGAGGAAGACGAGGAGACGAUUACAGAGUCUGAUGGAAUAGCACGCUUGGUCAAUGCGAAAGAGUAUCUCAAGCAGCAGCAGCAGCAGCAGCAGCAACAACAACAACUACUAGAACAAGAACCAGAACAGGCAGCACAGGCAGCACAGGCACUACAAGCACCACCACAACAAGAACAAUCUCAUUUACAAGAGAUUGAAGUUAGCCAUGAAGAACAAACUGGCGUAGAUGCUAGCGGUAAUGUUAUCUCGUAUGCAAAGGGAUACGUAGAGCAAGGUAACUACGCAAAUGUUCCUCAACCUGUACCUGCAUAA